AUGGCAAUGCAUGCAUCUGGCAUCCUUUUGGUUGUUCUGUACUCUCUGUUGAGAUUUGCAUUGUCGGAUAUCAAUUUUGUAAAAUAUGAUUUUCUGCAAGCAGGCUUGAAAAUGGAUGGAGCUUAUGUGAGGCCAAAUGGCAUACUUACCUUGACAAAUGAUUCCUCAAAAAUCUUUGGCCAUGCAUUCUAUCCAUCUCCUUUGCCAUUCAAAUCUAGCAAAAACAAAUCCAUUGUUUCAACCUUUAGCACUACCUUUGUGUUUUCCAUAGUUCCUAAGUACCCAGAUCUUGGAGGACACGGUUUUGCAUUCGUCCUAAUAUCUACCAACGAACCAAAAGGGUGCCUCACAAAUCAAUAUUUAGGCCUCCCAAAUGAGACAAGUAAUAAGGAACUCUCAACCCGGUUCCUAGCUGUAGAGUUUGAUGGGGUACAGAACCUUGAACUUGAAGACAUCGAUGAUAAUCACGUGGGGAUAGAUAUAUCCAGCCUCAUCUCUAACACAUCUAAGUCAGCAGCAUACUAUUUAGAAAGAAAUGGCCAAGAAGAUCACAGCAAGAACAUUUCCUUCAGUUUGAAGAGUGGAAAACCCAUUCAAGCAUGGGUUGAUUACAAUGAAGGGGAGAUGAUGAUGCAUGUCACAGUUUCUCCUUUUGGCAUGCCAAAGCCAUAUUUUCCUUUGAUAUCAUUUCGCAUAGACCUAUCCUUGGUGUUUGAUGAUUAUAUGUAUGCAGGUUUUUCUGCUUCCAACGGUCUGCUGGUAGCUGAGUAUAAUAUACAUGGUUGGAGCUUCAAAGUAGGAGCAGCAGCACAAGAGCUAGAAAAAUCAUCCGUGCCACUUAUUCGGUCAAAUACUUCUAUUAAGGUGGUGCACAAAAAACACUUUGCAGUAGGUAUUACUCUAGCAAGUGCAUCUCUUUUUAUAUUGACAAUUAUAGGAGCUCUUGCCCUGCACAGAUUAAGAAAUAGGGAGGAGGUUUUAGAGGAUUGGGAACUCGAAUUUGCCACACAUAAAUUUAAAUAUUCUGAGCUCCAUUCAGCUACAGGAAGGUUUGGGGACAGAAACCUUAUUGGGUAUGGAGGUUUUGGUAAAGUCUACAGAGGUGUAAUCCCUAGCACAGGACUAGAAGUAGCCGUAAAGCGGGUUGCUCCUGAUUCAAGGCAAGGAAUCAGAGAAUUUGUAGCGGAAAUAACAAGCAUGACACAGCUUAAGCAUAGAAAUUUGGUGCAAUUACAUGGGUGGUGCAGGAAGCAGGAUGAACUCCUCAUUGUGUAUGAUUAUCUACCAAAUGGAAGCCUAGACAAGCUUCUGUUUGAAAAUGAUCAUCAAAAGAAGAAAUUACUAACUUGGGAACAAAGAUACAAAAUCAUUACUGGAGUUGCCCAAGGGCUGUUGUAUCUCCAUGAAGAAAGUGAGGUGCAGGUUGUUCACAGAGAUGUAAAGCCAAGCAAUGUCCUGAUAGAUGCAGAUCUCCAACCAAAGCUUGGAGAUUUCGGUCUUGCAAGGACUUACGAGCAUGGAAUCAAUCCACAGACAACAAGCGUUGUGGGAACAUUAGGCUACAUGGCCCCUGAGCUCACCAAGACUGGGAAAGCAAGAACAAGCACAGAUGUAUAUGGGUAUGGAGUACUCAUUUUGGAAGUAGCAUGUGGAAGGAGGCCAAUAGAGCCCCAAAAGAAUCCCGAGGAACUGGUAUUGGUAGAUUGGGUUAGAGAUCUACAUCACCGAGGACAGAUCUGCAGAGCUAUUGACCCCAGUUUAUAUGAGUAUGACAAAGAUGAAGCUCAGCUUGUGCUUAGUCUUGGAUUGCUUUGCUCUCAUCCCAAUCCUCAUUACAGACCUAAUAUGAGAAGGAUUGUCCAGUUCCUUAUGGGAGAAAUUAUCCUUUCUCCACUUCCUCCUGACAUUCACAGUGAAGGUCCAAGAGAAAUAGCAAAAUGUCCCUGCAACUUUCCAUAUGAUUCUCAACCUUCAAGUUCUGUGGUGUCUUCGUCAAACUAUUAUAGUCUUACAUGCUUUGAUGAGGUGGUCUACCCUGCUGAACUCACUGGUAUCACUUCAUAG